AUGGAUCGACCAGUAUACAUGAAGAGAAAUGCAGUGAUGACUCUCAACAAUGAAGGGAAAGAAAUAAUUGUUACUUACGGCCAUUACCGCACCGUAAUGUAUGCAAGGUAUAUAUCACAAGUACCACCGACGCCACCGCGAGGAUCUACAUUGAGGUUCGUAGCUGACGUCCGACAUGAGGAAGAAAUGAUUUUAGAAUUCGAAAAUCAUGAAGAAAUGUUGGAAGCAUAUAGCAUUUUGAAAACCAAAUACCUAGAAAGUACGCAGUUUAUUCAGUCAAGUAAACUUCACAGUGGACGCGGCUUGCACACAACCACGACAGAAAAUAAAUCUAAGUCAGCAAACGUUUUUUUUUUCUAA